CAGCUCGCCCCGGCGUCAGGGGCAUGGAGGAGCGGCGGGCUCGGAGCCGCGCCCCGGAGUCCCCGAAACUUCCGAGCUGCCGCGCGUCCGCGUCUCUGCCGCUGUCGCCGCGUAGCCUGCCGGCCUGAGAGCGGGACCAUGGAUGAAAGGUUCAACAAGUGGCUGCUGACGCCGGUGCUCACUCUCCUCUUCGUGGUCAUCAUGUACCAGUACGUGUCUCCCUCCUGCUCCAGCUCCUGCGCCAACUUCGGGGAGCAGCCCCGCGCCGGAGAGGCCGGCCAGCCGGCCGCCCCGAGUCCCGCCCGCCGGGCACAGGCGCCGCCCGAGGACUGGGAGCGGCGGCCCCAGCUGCCCCCGCCACCCCGGGGGCCGCCCGAGGGGCCUCGGGGGGCCGCGGCGCCGGAGGACGAGGACGAGGAGCCGGGGGACCCCGAGGACGAGGAGGAGGAGGCGGAGGAGGAGGAGGAGGAGGAACCGGACCCCGAGGCCCCCGAGAACGGCUCCUUGCCCCGCUUCGUGCCGCGCUUCAACUUCACCCCGAAGGACCUGACCCGCUUCGUGGAUUUCAACAUCAAGGGGCGCGACGUGAUCGUCUUCCUGCACAUCCAGAAGACCGGGGGCACCACGUUCGGCCGGCACCUGGUGAAGAACAUCCGGCUGGAGCAGCCGUGCAGCUGCAAAGCCGGCCAGAAGAAGUGCACCUGCCACCGGCCCGGCAAGAAGGAGACGUGGCUCUUCUCCCGCUUCUCCACCGGCUGGAGCUGCGGGCUGCACGCCGACUGGACGGAGCUCACCAACUGUGUGCCGGCCAUCAUGGAGAAGAAAGACUGUCCCCGCAACCACAGCCACACCAGGAAUUUCUAUUACAUCACCAUGCUGCGGGAUCCAGUGUCCCGAUACCUGAGCGAGUGGAAACACGUCCAGAGAGGGGCCACGUGGAAAACCUCCCUCCACAUGUGCGACGGGAGGAGCCCCACCCCGGACGAGCUGCCCACCUGCUACCCCGGGGACGACUGGUCCGGGGUCAGCCUGCGGGAGUUCAUGGACUGCACCUACAACCUGGCCAACAACCGCCAGGUGCGCAUGCUGGCCGACCUCAGCCUGGUGGGCUGCUACAACUUGACUUUCAUGAACGAGAGCGAGAGGAACGCCAUCUUGCUGCAGAGCGCCAAGAGCAACCUCAAGAACAUGGCGUUCUUCGGGCUCACGGAGUUCCAGCGCAAGACGCAGUUCCUCUUUGAGAGGACAUUCAACCUCCAGUUCAUCUCCCCCUUCACGCAGUUCAACAUCACGCGGGCUUCCAACGUGGAGAUCAACGAGGGCGCCCGCCGGCGCAUCGAGGAGCUCAACUUCCUCGAUGUGCAGCUCUAUGAGUACGCCAAGGAUCUCUUCCAGCAGCGCUACCACCGCACCAAGCAGCUGCAGCGCCAGAGGGACCGGCAGAGGAGACGCGGGGAGCGCCGGCUGCAGCGAGACCACAGGGGCCACCGCGGGCCCAAGCAGGAGGGGAGCCCCGAGGCGGCCGUCACGGAGGACUACAACAGCCAGGUGGUGAGGUGGUGACCCCACCCCCCGGCCGCCGCCCUCUCCUCCCGCGGAAGGGGGAGCCUGAGCCCGCGCCCUGGCCUCACCUUGGAGAAUGUGGGACCGCGCCGAGGACGUCCGGCCCGUAGGUGGCUUGCUUGGGACCCGCUCCCCUCCUUGCUUCCUCUCUGUCUUCACCGUUUCCCAGCCAGAGAUGAUCCAUCUGGUUCUUUUUUUUUUUUUUUCUGACAUUUGCCAAUCUGUGAUAUUAAGUAGGGUAAGGAAUGCACCCAACGGGAUAGACCUCUUUAGAAGGUCAAGGGGCAAAGCAUCAACAAAGGAAAGAGUCCUUGGGAUUGUUUUGUUUUUUUUUUUUUUCUUUUUUUUUUUUUGCAGCAGCAGCCCAGGUGGUAGGUUGGGCAAUUGGAACCUACUCAAGUACACAUGAAAAGCCAAAUUGUGGCUUGGAUGUUCUGCUGAAACUGAUCGGUUCAUAUUGUCUCUUUAAUGGAAAUACUGCUGUUGAAAGAGAGAGGAAGAGAAGGCUUUUUCAGCCUUCCCAUGAGGUUUAAGGCCAACUCUCUCAGCUGUUGGCUCUCAUCUUUGAACUCUAUUUGAGUGUGGUUUAAAUCAUAAGUAGUGUAACGUGUUUUGUUGUUAUGGUUGUUUUUCAACACGAUUACCCUGCUACUGACCAUCACUGCAGACUCACAUCCUCUGCAUCUUAUCCCUGAGCCAUGCUUCUCCCCCAUCUUUUAUGGAAAGGCUAGUAGAUUCAGGAGAUGUGUGCCUGUGGCCCCAGAGAAAGGAACGUGGGUAAGGACAUUCAGGAGAGAACAGGCUUAUUAAUGAAUACCUAAGGAGAACACCCUUCACCAUUUUUUAUUUUCAGUAUAAGGAAUAAGAUAAAUUAAGAAGGGAGAAAAAGCAGGAGGAUAACUACCUGUCCACCGUUUCCAAUCUGACUGCAGAACCUUAGUUUUUUUAAUGAGGGCUAUUUUAGAGUUUUUCCUAUUUGGAGCAGGCCUCUUAUCUGAUACAGCACUGCCAGGUUUGAAACUCUACUGUCAUAGAGGAAAAGACACUUAAAAGGAAUUUGGCCUUUAGUAUAGGAGCUCAGCUAGCAUGUAUGCAAAAUAAAGUCAAGAUCACUAACUUAAAAAAUAACUCUGACUUAGGCCAUGAGACAUGGAAUGCAGUUCGUGUUUACUCCAGGAGUUUAGAAAGACUCUACCUCCCAACAUUUGAAUAUCUGUAGCCUGGUAUUAUUUUUUUCUCCAUGCAUGAUCUCUACCUGUUGUGAGAGUGUGGUCAGAAAAAAUGUGCUACAUUGCCAAGUGCUUCUUCUUUUUUUUUUUUUUUCAUUUAUUUUUAUUAGGUGGAGGCUAAUUACUUACAAUAUUGUAGUGGUUUUUGCCAUACAUUGACAUGAAUCAGCCAUUAUUUACAUGAGUUCCCCAUCCUGAUCCGCCCUCCCCAUCCCUUCCCUCUGGGUCUUCCCAGUGCACCAGCCUUGAGCAUUCUUAUUCUCACCUCUUCCCAGCCACAGCUACAACACAAUGUCUCUGAAUAAUAAGAGGAGAAAUAUGGCAUAGGGAGUAGAAAACCUUUGCCUAGCAUUUAGUAGGGGAUCAGAGUGAGUAGAAAGUUUCACAACAGACUGAUCUGAUCAAUCCUUUCAAGGAGCUGAAGGCAAAAUGAGUGAACCCCCUAAAUCAGAUUGAAAAGCCUAUUUCAUUGAUAUCCAACAUGUUUGAUGUUUAAGCCAGCUUUACAUAAGCCGCGUCUCAGCCUCCAGAAUACUCUCUCUGGGGUUGAGAGUUAAUCAACCCACAUUCAUGGAGCACUCGCCUGCACAGAGGGGAGCCUGGUGUCUCCAUCAAAAAAAGAGUUCUGGAGAAGAGGCUUAGAUAUUUCUGAUACUACCCUCGGCUUCAUCUCUCAUGGGAGGAAAAGCAUUACUGGGACCUCCCUUGUGCCAGGAACUUUGGGAGGCCCUUUUCAUAGCUCAGAUCUAUUCACAAGAAGGUAGAUACUGUUUGUCCCAAUUUUACGAUGUAGAAAGUGAGAUUCACAGACAAUAAGUAGCUUCCUCAUGGGUUGUGAGCUAGAUUUGGCUGACUGCAGAGGGCAAACUCUUUUUUUGUCUCCAUAAUGUUUUCCAUAUGGGAUAAUAGCUUCCUGCCAGUCGUGCUAGGAACCACCCAUUAUUGUCCAGAAGGGUCUGUGUCUAGCCCCCCUGAGUGUGAUAGCUCCAAGCCAGUGCCAUGUCACCUGGGGUGAGUCCAGCCUCCUCCAAAUCACUCAUCCAUCAAGGAGCUGAGAGACUGAUGGCUUUAUAGGCAGUUGUACUUCUUAAGCCAUAGAUGGGGUGGGUUAAGGGGGCCAAAAAUAUAGCUUGUUAGCUGAUAGAGAUUAGGCUCACAAAAUAUUAGUGUCUCCCUUCCUGGUGAUUUGUUCCUAAAGUAGUGAGAAAGGAGGCUUGCUACUGGGAUUAAUGAGCAGCUUUCUCUCUGUCUUCCCAUUUCAAUGCUAAGAUCUAAUGCUGCCUAGAAUGGCAGAGCUGCAAAUUAUUGUUCUGCCUGUCGCUGUGAAUCACACACACACACACACACACACACACACACACACACACGCUAACAAUCCAAUGUUUUGUCAUGUGGAAAAUCAAAACAAGUCAGAAAGCGUUCAGAUUGUUUCUUUUAAACUCCCUUUACAUUUUUGGCAGAGAAUCCGUGCCUAGUUGAGACUUGAAGGCAGCCUCUGCUAACUUCACACCGUUCCUUAGGCGCCUCAGGGUUUCUAUCCAAAGGCUUUCCGUGGCCUCGCUACUGAAGGCGUGUUGUGUGAGGCUCCGCUGGAGACCCAGUAUCAGGAUGUUCAGAGGAGAAACCAUCUCUCUGCAUUGGCCCGAGGCCAGUGCUGAGCGAAUUAAAAAGACCGAUAUGAAUGUCCUCCUUCGUAUCAUUUCAUUCUAAAGCAGCACACUCGUCCUCUCCCUGCGGUCCUCUGUUGAUAGAAAUGAAGAGGUGAGGAUGCAGUUUGUUCUCUGAAAAUUGACAGCACACCUACAUGCGCAGUGAUCCUCAGCUCAGGGAAAGGAUGUCAGCAGAAGGCAUCUGGGUCUAAGGAUCCAUGAGUGGCCAGCAGCCUCAAAGUUGUCGCUGUUGCUUAGUCGCUAAGUCAUGUCCGACUCUUUGCGACCCCCGUGGACUGCAGCACACCAGGUUUCCCUGUCCUUCACUCUCUCCCAGAGUUUGCUCAAACCCAUGUGCAUUGAGUCGGUGACGCCAUCCAACCAUCCCAUCCUCUCUUGCCCCCUUCUCCUCCUGCCCUCAAUGUUUCCCAGGAUCAGGGUCUUUUCCAAUGAGUUGGCUUUCCGCAUCAGGUGGCCAAAGUAUUGGAGCUUCAGCUUCAGCAUCGGUCCAUCCAAUGAAUAUUAAGACCCAAAACUAAGUCAUUCCAGAUACAUCUGUGUUAAAAGCCCAGCAGAGGCAAAAAAAGAAAAAGAAAAAUCCCUAAGGAGUUCCACAUCCUAUUGACUCUUGCAAUUCCCAGGUAGACCUUCCUUUCAUUCUCUGGCAAUGGCAACAUCAGUAACCAGACUGGGAUAAAGUGUCUAUGUAUGUGUGUGUUUAAAUUAUUAUUAAGGAAUAAGAUACGUACUAUAUAUUCUGUCUCCUUUUAACUCUUUGGCUACCUACUCUCAACAAUAGAGAAAACCGUGUGAUUUUCCAGGUUUUCCCAGGCCCUCUCUUGCUCUUUCAUCCUAACAUGAAGCUUUUAACUCAUGGUCCAAGAUGACUGCUGCAGCUCCUGCCAUCUCAUUUUUAUUUCAGAUAGCUUAGAAUAAGCGGGAAGAAGUUGCACAUAUCAAUUCCAGUCACAUCUCACAGGCUAACACCUAGCUAAUAGCUACAUCUAGCUGCUAAGAAGACCAGGAAAUGUCAUCAUUAUUGGUUGCCUUGUGCCUUGAUAAAUAUAUAGGCUCUAUUAUUAAAGAAACAAUGUGAAAAUUAAUGCUGAUCAAAACUAUUAGUCUCUGACACAAAAAGGAACUGAAAAAAUAUUUCAAGUACUUUUCAAUGUCAUCUAUUUCAUCACCCAUUUUUGCUAAGGCUAAGAUUAAAAUGUGUAACUUUGUAUAGUAUUUCAUGCUUUUCAAAACAUUUUUACAUCUAGUAUCUCAUUUGAUCUUCACCACAGUCUUGUAUGUAAAAUAGGACCGUUGCUCAUUAAUCCCAUUCAAUAGUUUGGCGUGGAGAUUCAGUGAUGUUGAAAGAUUUCCUAAAGAUUCUAGUUUAUUAACAAGACAGGUGCUCAGAGCCCCCGUCUUUUGACUUCAUAUUUUUCUGCUACUUUAUGCUACUCAUCAUCGGUAUUGGGAUUGAGAAUUGCAAGAAUAUGAAAUCUCAAUCUCUAUUGGUUUAUAGCUUCCCUUGCCUUCUCAUAGAACUGCAGAGACUCAAAAAAACACCAAGGAGAGGGGUAGAGUUGGCUCUCAACUCCCUGCCUCCAGGGAGGAAGCCUCUUAUUAGGAGUGAAAUGGCCAAGAGAUGGGCAGUGUUACAGGGAAAUCUUGAAGCAUCACCACUCGCCCAACACCUCUCGUUGGACGUCCACCCCAUCCAAUCCAAAAACUAUUCAAGAUGAAGCCCAAGGGAAUGUACUCCUUAGGGAAGCUCAGUGGUAGAAAUAUUUUGAAUCAGUGGCAGCCUGAAUAGAGAUGCUUUACAAAGGUGCAAGAGAACUCCUGGUUGAAAAAUCUCCCUUCCUCUCUACUUCUUUCCUCAGUCCCUGGAAUUUUGUCAGCAACAUACCGCUUUGGUUCUUAAAAUUUUUAUUUGCUGUUAAAUGAAUCCCUUUGCACGUUUGCCAGGGAAAGGGAAUGCUUUCAGUUGUCAUAAGCUAAUACCUUCCCACCAAGGCUUUACCUGACUCCUCUCCAACUCGGACUUGUAGCUGAGAGCGGAGCUUGUAGGACGGGAUCAUGCAGACGUGGGGGUUGGGAGAGUACGGGUAGCUACAGAGGAAAGUAGGGCUUCUAAAAGCAGGCAGGUCUUUAAAAGGGGGAAAGAUGAGAAGUUUAAUAUGUGCCAGGGAAUAGGGAAACAGGAAAGUGAGUCAGGGACAGUUUCCAUCCUCAGUGUCAAGAGCAGUCUGGAGCCAUUUGGAUUCUUUGGGCCAUUGCAAAGAGCAAGACAAGGCUUGAGGCUUGUGAGACAGGAUCAGAGCAUUCGGGAUAAUUUUAGGGACUGAGCAGGAGCUGGAUCAGAGAGAAAGCUGGGGUGGACUUUGGCAAAGGGCACUGUGAUCUGAUCACAGCUGUGUCUCUAAGGUCUUUCUUUUCUGUUGUCACUGUGCCUCCGCUGGUCAGCAGAACUCCAGCUGAAAGUCUGCAGGUGGGUAUUGGGGCUGGCUGAGUCCAAUGACCUUACCCAUUCAUGUCAUCUCUGAGCAGCAUGGCAAAGAUUCUUUCUCCAAGGCACUUUCAGCUUUUCUUCUGCACCCCCCUCCCUCCAUCUCUACUGGACAUAAGCCUGCUUUCUCUCACCACAUCCACCUAGACAUACCUGAACUAACUCCCUUAUUAGCCCCUCUGGGCAAAUGGGCAGGGUUCUGAGACCUGUGUGUUUUGUAGCCUAAUGGGCAGGCUGCGUAAGGACCCACCCUCACAAACACACCUGCAGAACCGACCUACCUUGCAGAGGUGCUGAGAUUUCCAGAGGACUGGCCUCACUAUGAACACCAGCAACAGCUGCAAGACAAAAGCCCCUGAACUUCGAAGCCAGGCCUGGAGGUAACCUAACAGAACUACGGAUCUGAGGACACGAGAGCACAGAUGUUUUUUGAGCCUGUGUUCUAGGUCGUUUAUGGACAAGACUACAGCUGUCAUCCUUCGGCACCUUAAAUGGAGCCUCUGUGGGUUACAAGUUCUGUUGUAGUUUGUGGGAAUUUAUCAAAGGGCCAGAUGGCAGUGCUGAAAGGCUUCGGUUCUUGCUGGGGAAAACUGAGGGAACAGUGUCGGUUUGUCACGGUCGUUGUGACAAUGACAGUGUGAUUUAGUCCCGUUUAUUUCCACCAACUUGUCAUUUUUUUAGAUCAUGUGACCAUCUUUUCUUUUCCUUCCUUCUCCACACCUCCCUCCCCAGAAGGACCUUCUUGUAUUAUUUUUCAUUUCACAAAUCCAAGAUGAAAAAUGGUGGAAAGAAGAAUCUGGACUUGUGUCUGAUGCCCCCAUUUAGAUGUAAAGAUAGUUAUUCAAUAGAUAGUGAUUUCUCCUAAGAUAUUUCCUUCUGUUUCUGUGCAAUACUAUGUAUGAACUCGGGUACUAGGAGAUUGUAUUGUGAGAUUAUCAACCUUUAUUGCUAUUUAAAAAUGAUAGUUUGUAGACCUGAGGAUUCCCAUUGAUGUGAAGCACAAUUUAAUGAAUAAGUUAACAUAUUAAACUGUUGUGAUGUCAAGAA